AUCAUGAAUUUCUAAAUGAGACAACAUAUUAUUAAAAUGUCUUCAAAAUUCACUGUAACAUUUAGAAAUAUGAAAUAUACAGUUUUUAGUAUAUUUUUGUUCAGUUUGAUAUUUUCAUUAAAUUGUAAAAGUGAAAAUAUUGAAAAAGAAAAUACUGAUAAUAAUCCAUAUGAAUUUCAUAUUGGUGGAGUCUUAAGUAGUAACACAAGCGAAGAUUAUUUCAAACUAACAAUUGAACAUCUGAACUUCAACACUCCAUUUAUGAAACCUGGCAACACAUUUUACGCUCAUUCUAUAAAAAUGGAUCCAAAUCCAAUUAAAACGGCUCUUAAUGUUUGCAAACAACUUAUUGUGCGAAGAGUAUAUGCUGUAAUUGUAUCUCAUCCGCAAAUUGGGGAUUUGUCUCCAGCCGCUGUAUCUUACACUAGUGGUUUCUAUCAUAUACCUGUGAUCGGUAUUUCAUCCAGAGAUUCAGCUUUUUCUGAUAAAAAUAUUCACGUAUCCUUUCUACGUACUGUUCCGCCAUAUUCACAUCAAGCUGAAGUAUGGGUUGAAUUACUCAAAUAUUUCAACUACUUAAAGGUCAUAUUUAUUCACAGUUCAGACACUGAUGGUAGAGCAUUUGUGGGCAGAUUCCAAACUACUUCUCAAAAUCAGGGAGAGGAUAUCGAAAAAAAAGUCCAGGUGGAAGCAGUAAUUGAGUUUGAACCGGGUUUAUUUCAUUUCAACAACCAGUUGAACGAAAUGAAGAAUGCACAAGCAAGAGUGUACCUGAUGUACGGGAGCAAAAUAGAUGCCGAAGUGAUUUUCAGGGACGCAGCUCAUCGUAACAUGACCGAGGCAGGAUAUGUGUGGAUUGUAACGGAACAAGCUUUAGACGCUACAAAUGUACCAGAAGGGACAAUUGGGUUGAAAUUAGUUAAUGCCUCAAACGAAUUAGCUCAUAUAUACGAUAGCAUAUAUAUAUUAGCUUCAGCUAUUACAGAUAUGAACCGCACUAAAACAAUAACAACACCGCCAGCUGAUUGUGAUAAUUCUGGGGCUAUUUGGGAUACGGGAAAAACUCUAUUUGAAUAUAUAAAGAAACAAGUUUAUAAAGAUGGACACACGGGUAAAGUAGCGUUCGAUAAUAACGGUGAUCGAAUAUACGCUGAAUAUGAUAUAGUCAAUGUUAAGCAAGUGACAAAGAAAGAUGCUAUUGGAAAAUAUUAUUUUGACAAUGAUCUUAAUAAAAUGAAACUAAGACUCAACGAAUCAAACAUUAUAUGGCCAGGGCAAUUGAAGAAGAAACCUGAAGGGUUUAUGAUCCCGACUCAUUUAAAAGUUUUAACAAUUGAAGAAAAGCCAUUUGUUUAUAAAAGACCUUUAAAAAAGGAUGACGGGAAUAGUUGCAAGUCAGAUGAAAUUAUGUGUCCAUUAUAUAAUACUUCAGCUAAAGAACCAGAGAUUUUUUGCUGUAAAGGAUAUUGUAUUGAUUUACUUGUAGAGCUAUCGAAAACCAUUAAUUUUACUUAUAGUUUAUCAUUAUCGCCAGAUGGACAGUUUGGAAAUUAUGAGAUAAGAAAUAAAUCAGGUGGCGGAAAAAAAGAGUGGAAUGGAUUAAUCGGAGAAUUAGUGUUUGAAAGAGCAGACAUGAUAUUAGCUCCUCUUACUAUCAACCCAGAAAGAGCAGAAUUCAUAGAGUUCAGUAAACCAUUCAAGUACCAAGGCAUUACAAUUUUGGAGAAAAAGCCAUCACGGUCUUCAACUCUCGUAUCAUUUUUGCAACCGUUCAGUCACACGCUUUGGGUGCUUGUUAUGGGUUCUGUACAUGUAGUCGCACUUGUUUUGUACUUACUCGAUAGAUUUUCUCCUUUUGCUAGAUUCAAGUUAAUUAACGCUGAUGGUACAGAAGAAGAUGCUCUAAAUUUAUCAAGCGCUACAUGGUUUGCAUGGGGAGUAUUGUUAAACAGUGGUAUUGGAGAAGGCACGCCUAGGAGUUUUUCAGCCAGAGUACUCGGAAUGGUGUGGGCCGGAUUCGCCAUGAUAAUCGUUGCAUCGUACACUGCUAACUUGGCUGCUUUUCUCGUGCUCGAAAGACCUAAAACUAAACUAUCGGGAAUAAAUGACGCUAGGCUUCGGAGUACAAUGGAGAAUUUAACUUGUGCCACAGUUAAAGGAUCAGCAGUCGAUAUGUAUUUUAGACGACAAGUUGAACUAUCCAAUAUGUAUAGAACAAUGGAAGCCAAUAAUUAUGAGACUGCCGAACAAGCAAUUCUAGAUGUCAAGAAUGACAAACUUAUGGCUUUUAUAUGGGAUAGCAGUCGCUUGGAAUUUGAGGCAGCUCAAGAUUGUCAAUUAGUCACUGCUGGUGAAUUAUUUGGACGAUCUGGAUAUGGGGUUGGUCUACAAAAAGGAUCUCCCUGGGCAGAAUCGGUUACAUUAUCGAUUUUAGAUUUCCACGAAAGUGGUAUUAUGGAAGAAUUGGAUGAUAAAUGGAUAUUUCAAGGGAGAGUGGAACAAUGUGAAGAUCAAGAAAAAACACCAAAUACAUUAGGAUUGAAAAAUAUGGCUGGCGUUUUUAUACUUGUUGCUGUGGGUAUAGUGGUUGGGAUGGUUUUAAUUGUUAUCGAGAUCGGCUACAAAAAACAUCAUGUACGUAAACAAAAUCGAUUGCAAUUGGCUCGAAAUUACGGACAAACGUGGAGGGCUAUUGUUCAAAAACGAAAAAUGAUGAGAAUGCAAGGUCGAGGUAGUGGAGUUGGUGCACUUAGCUUGUCUGUUGAAGCGUUGCCUAGAAGCGUCUUAAACAUACAAAGUCCAAUUCGAUCAAUUGAAACUUUACCAAGAACUUGUCGCAAUUCACCAAGUCCCACACGAGCUUGGUCAGGCCGACAGAUGGUACAUAGAAAGAGUGAUGAUAUUCCGCUCAGGUCACCAGUAGGAGGUCCUCCACAAUUACACUUCCAUAAUAAUUUCAUAUAAUAGUUAUUAAAGUAAUUUUUAGUUAACCAUUAAAUGAUAAAAUAAGUAAAUCUUUUG